AUGACCACACUGCUUUACGUCCACGAGCUGCAGAACCCCCAUGAAUCGGUUCAGUCACGGCCAACCGAGAAAGUUCGCGAGAUGUUUGGUGACUUCGACGAAGAUCUGUCCAUAGACUGCGACAGCAUCGACGAAAUCGCAAGAACGGCGCACGCCAUCCGUCGAAUUCGUGAUGGUCUUAACACCCCCGAAGCGCGCCGAAUUUUACAAUUACGGAACGACCUAGAAGCCGCACACGACGGAUACGUGAUCAUGGUCGACGAUGUUGCGCGCCGUCUCCAGUUGCGCCCAGAAUGGCACAAACGGGCCUUGCGACCGGUGUUUGAAGCGACCAAACUUGCUAUCGAUGACGGCGACGAGGACUUCUAG